AUGUAUUCAACUCCAUUGAAAAAAAGAGUUGAUUACGAUCACGAAACUUUUACAGUUGCCAACUCCUUAGGACGAAAUCGUUCACAGAAUCAGUUAAGAGAUGACCCUGACCAAGGUAAGCUCAAUUUGUCAGGCAGUUCCUUCCAGACUAAGAAAUCAACCAAUAACAAUAUAAUGAACAAUUGUGGUGAAAUGGGAAGCACUGUUGAAUCAGAACUUCACGACGUAAAUACGCACGUCAAAGUAAGUGGAUUGGCUUCGUCUGAACCGUUGCAGUUGGCGAGUGAAUUCGUUCAGGAUUUGAACUUUAGAGACAAGAAUACCCCGGUACUAGACAAUGCAGACUACUGCAGAAAAGGUGUAGAUUAUAAUUUCUCAGAUGAAGUGGGUGGGUUAGGCGCAUUUACCCCCUUUCAAAGACGACAGGUGAUAAAUAUACCAGAUGAAGUUCUAUUAGAAGUUUCGAGCACAGAAAUCAAGAGUGAUAUGGGUAUAUUCCCUGAAUUGAACUUCUGUUGGAUAACUUCUGAUAAUAAAUUGAUCUUGUGGAACAUCAAUAAUAGUUCAGAAUUCCACUGUAUUGACGAAAUCGAGCACACCAUUUUGAAAGUGAAAUUGGUCAAGCCUAGGCAAAAAACUUUUGUUUCUUCUGUUGAAAAUCUAUUGAUAGUCGCGACCCUUUUUGAUAUAUACAUUUUGAAAAUAUCGUUUGAUGACCUUACUCAUGAGCUCAAUAUCUCUAACACAGGGCUAAAAGUGAACGCUACUGGACUUAAUGUGUCUAAUAUAAUUAACUAUGAAAAAACUGGGCAAAUUUUUUUUACUGGUUCAACUGAUGGUGUCAAUGUGUGGGAGUUACAAUAUAAUUGCUCGGAGAAUCUAUUUAAUAGCAAGUGUAACAAAAUAUGUCUAACAAAGUCAAGCUUAGCGAACUUGCUGCCUACAAGACUAAUACCUAACGUGCCUGGAGGAAAGUUGAUACAAAGAGUACUAGAAGGGGAUGAUGAAGUAGGAGAAGAGACUAUAUUACAGCUCGAUCUUGACCAAUCAAGAGGUAUUUUGCAUACAUUGUCAACAAAAUCAAUCAUCAGAUCUUACCUAAUAACUAAUAAUGGGCUAGAAAGCCCAGCCAUGAUUGACGCUCCUCAUAUCAGGCGUAGUAUAAGCGCAUUUGGUCUAAAGGAUUCUCCUUUACUCACUAAUCGGGCUUUCAAGAUUGCUAAAAUUGUUUCCAUUUCAAAGUGGGAGAGCAAUGAUAUGUUUUUGGCCGUUAUAACUACUUCUGGCGUACGUUUAUAUCUUAAGGGCAUCACUUCCAAGAGAUCAAUUGGUUCACUUAAAUUAGACUUUUUAAAGUUACCCCCCACCUGUCUAUUCAACUCCUUUGUGAAGAAUGAUUUUUCAACCGUCAAUCACAGCCAUUUAUACUCAAAGGAUAAGAGUUUAAUUUCGGCACAAAAAGCCAGCUCAGUCUAUAUCAAUACCUCUUACGCUAGUACUAUUAUAUCGCCAGGUAUAUACUUCACUUCCGUGACUAAACCUAGUAAUUUCGGAGAAUUAUCGAACGAUAAUGCUAGAAAAGAUGGACAGGAAAAAAGAGAGGAACACAAACUUUAUGUAAGUGCUCCAGACUAUGGUCUAUUAAAAAAUUAUGGUAAAUAUGUUGAAAAUACGGUAUUGCUCGAUACGACAGAUGAAAUCAAAGAAAUUGUUCCUUUGACCAGAUGCUUUAACUAUACAUCUACUCCACAAGGUUAUGCUAAUGUUUUUGCCUCACAAUACAACGUGGAGCCAUUAAAAGUUGCUGUUUUAACGAGCAAUGCCUUAGAGAUAUAUUGCUAUCGUACUCCUGAUGAGGUUUUUGAAAGUUUGAUUGAAAACCCCUUACCAUUCAUCCACAAAUAUGGUUUAUCUGAGGCUUGCUCCACGGCACUGUAUUUAGCUUGUAAGUUCAAUAAAUCAGAGUAUGUUAAAGCAGGUGCAUUGGCUUUCUUCUCCGCUGGUAUACCUGGGGUGGUCGAAAUAAAGCCGAAAGAUUCUAGAGACAGUGGAUGCUUGUUGCAAAUUGCACAAAAGAAACUUGCUAAGUUCAGUGAAAGUGAUGACAUUGUGCUAUCUCCCAGAUUCUAUGGGUCAGCACUGUUAAUUACGAGACUCUUUAGCCAAAUUUGGGAAGAUAAGAUAUUCAUCUUUAGAAAGGUUUCCAGGGCAGAUAAAUCCAAUAUGUUUGGCAUUUCUAUAACCAGACCACAAGUUGAGUAUUACUUAUCGUCAAUAUCUGUUUUGGCAGAUUUCUUUAAGAAUCAUCAUUCUUCUUUUGUAUCAUUUGUGGAUCCAAAAAAUAGCGAUGCUAUAACUGUAUCUGAUGCUGAAUCUAUUGCCAUGAAUUCUCUUAUCUUACUGAUAAAUUCUAUCAAGGAUGCCCUUUCUCUACUAAAUGUGUUCUAUGAGGAUAUCGAUACUUUCAAAUCUCUGUUAAACACGCUUAUGGGUGAAGGGGGGAUUUACGACUCCAAAACUCGAGAAUAUUUUUUAAAUCUUGAGUUCCAUGAUUUGUUCACACCCAACAUAGAAACUAAACAAGUGAUAAAGGAGAUUUUGAUAGAAAUUGUUAAUGCUAAUAUUGCAAACGGUGCACCUGCAGAUUAUAUUAUGAAUGUUUUUAAAGAACGUUUCGGAUCCUUCUGUCAUGGUGCGGAUAUUUUAUGUUAUAGAGCAGGAGAGCAUUUAGAAGCCGCACAGAAAUUUGAAAUAAUAGAUUCCAAAAUAUCAAGAAAUCAUUUAGACACCGCAAUCGAUUUUUAUGAAAGGUGUGCAGAGAAUAUAAAGUUGGAUGAAUUAAGAAAUAUAGUGAAUAUGAUGGUAAAACUUGAUUAUCAGCCUAGAACCGUUGAAUUUCUACUUAAAGUUGCAGAUAAAAUUGAUAAAGCAAAUCAAGCACAAGAGUAUGUUUCUGGAGGUUGCAAGAUCGAUGAUCCCAGGAGAGUGUUCUACAAUAAACGUGUUGAUGUGUAUAAAAUAAUAUUCGACAUCCUGAAAAGCGUUGAUGACAAUACAUCUAUUGAACAAUCCGUCCCGGCGAAAAAUAUAGCGAUUUCUUCGCCAGCGUUAUCACUGAAGGAAAGUAUUUAUUCGGUGAUAAUUAACAGUAACAACAGACUCUUCCACUAUUGCUUUUAUGAUUGGCUAGUCGCAAAUAAAAGACAAGAUGGCUUGUUACAAUUAGAUUCUCAAUUUGUUUUACCAUAUUUGAAAGAGAGAGCAGAAAAAUCAUUAGAAAUCAGUAAUUUGUUGUGGCUGUACCUAUCGAAAGAGGAAUGUUUCUUCGAAGCGGCCGCUGUUCUAUAUGCUUUAGCUAGUUCUGAUUUUGACUUGAAAUUAAGCGAAAGGAUCGAAUGCCUGGCAAGAGCAAAUGGAUUUUGUGAUAGCUCAACUUCAUUUGAUCAGAGGCCGGCGUUGGUCCAGCUGUCAGACAAUAUACAUGAGCUCUUUGAUAUAGCUGCUAUUCAGGAUGACUUACUCAAUUUGGUGCGAAGGGAAACAAGAAUCAACGAAAAUUACAAGAAGCAACUACUUUUAGAACUUAAUGGAAAGGUUCUCCCAUUAUUCUAUCUCUUCAAUGACUAUGCAGAUCCAUUAGAAUAUUAUGAAAUAAAACUAAAAAUUUUCAGAGCUUCUCACUUUAACGAUGAAAAAGUCAUUCAGGAAGAAUGGGAUCGAUUGAUCGAUAGCAUAAAAAAAACUGCCUUGUUUGAUGGGAAAGAUGAAGGACAAGCAUUUUUUUUCUCCGCAAUUUCGAGCACCUUAAUUCGAAUUGGUAAAACAACUCACGAUACGGACGUUAUCUUCCCGGUUCAUUUCUUAAUCAAUAAAUUAUUUGCAUUGUUCCCCGCUACACCUUCAACUGCUGACGGAUCUAUCAGUUCAAUAUUUUUACUGGCGGGAAUUUCUCAUUUAAAGCUUUAUUACAUUCUGAAGGAUAUCAUAAAAAACUCUGAGGAAAACAUCGAAAUGGCAAGGAAAGAAAUAGUAUGGUUGAUCAAAGAAUGGUACCAAAAUGAUCCGGAAUUGCAUAAUUUUAUUGCACCGGAACAAAUUAAAAGAUUAGAGAAAUAUGAUCCGGAUACAGAUCCUAUUCAGAGUUAUGUGAAUGACAGACAGUCAUAA